AUGACUUCUGAACCCGAGGAUGCCGAAGAUAUAAACUCUGACAAACCGUACAUUAAAUGUGAGAAAGGAGAUCCUAGAUUUCAGCAAGGAGUUGGUGUUGAUCUAGACGUCGAUCAAAGCACUGUUUCCAGAACCUUAGCCACGGUAUCUAAAGCAAUUUAUUUAAAAAGAAACAAUUGGAUAAAGUUCCCCAACACUAACGAAUUGCUUAGAGUUGCUAUUAAUCAGGGAGCACGUGGUGAGCGAAUGCCCAGGGUUAUAAUAGGUGUUAUUGACGGUACCCAUGUAAGAAUAACAAAACCAUCUAUUCACGCUGAUAAAUACGUGAACAGAAAAUGGGUAUACUCAAUAAAUGUUCAAGCUACUUGUAAUUCCCGAGAAAUGUUUACAAGUGUAGAUGCAUCUUGGCCAGGCUCCGUACACGAUAGUCGAAUUUGGCGAAACUCCAUAGUGCAUGAAAUUAUGUAUAAUAAUGUGCACGAAGCAGCUUUAUUAGGUGAUGAAGGAUAUGGUGUUGCCCCGUGGUUAUUGACACCAUAUAAAAAUCCAACUACACCAAUGCAAGAAAAUUAUGAUUUAAUCCAUGCAAAGGAACGAUGA